ACAGAUAGGUGUGGUUUGCGAUUGUUGAUCUGCGAACUCGUCAAAAAACAUAACCUUAAACGUUAAGUAAACAUGUAAAUUGCAAAAAGAAAGAGGUGCCCUUUGAAAAAUGGCAAAUAACGAGGAUUCGUGGGUGCAAAUUUUCGAUAUCCCCGAUACUAGUAAACAUAAAAAAGGGUUCACCAUAUACAAGAUCAUCUCGAUGCUCUAUCCGAAAGCUUGUCCGGAUUCUGUAACUAAGGUCACUGUUUGGAAAAGGUAUAAUGAUUUCAAGAAACUACACCGCGAAAUGAAACAGUAUGCUAAGAUGUUAAAGUUGAAUGGUUUUCCUGGUUUGCCCAAUAUUUCAUAUUUUCACAGAUUUGAUGACGAAGUUAUUCAGCAACGAAAGGCGGGAAUUUUAUAUUUUUUAGAGUACAUUUCGUUGAAUCGUUUAUUGUAUACAUCUGAUAUUUGUGUCCAAUUUUUUAAGACUAGUCACACUCCUAGUGAUAUCGUAGAUAGUAAUAUACAGCUAAUUAGGGCAGAGCUAAACUUGCCCAUAGAAACUGAGUAUAGUGUUAUUCGUAUACCAUCAGAUGAUGAUCAUACUUUAAGUGAUACAGAUUCCUUAUCAACGCUAAGUAGUUUUCAGGUGAUUGAGCACUUACCUGAUCCACUUAACUUUUGCAGUAGUGCUAAUAAACCUACUAAAUCUUCUGCCUUAAAAAAUUCUCACAAAUCAUCCGACACUUUUAGUAUCUCUGUUAGUAGUAUUUCACUGGAUCCAUGUACAAUUAUUGAGGAGCCUGGGUAUCCGACUCCACCUCACACUCCAAAUUCCGCUCAUACAGAUGGAUUUUCUAAUUACAUACAGGAAGCCUCUGUCUGUAUUGAGAAGGCGAUCGACUUUGAAGUGUCAAGAAAGUAUGAAGAGGCAUUUAAUCAAUAUAAAGCUGGGAUAGAGAUUUUACUUAAACAUGUAAAAGAUGACAAAAACAUCGACAUAAAAGACAUGAUUAGACAUAAGAUAGAAAAAUAUCUAUUAAGGGCCGAAAAAAUCUUCAACCUCUACUUAUCCAGAGAAAGUCAAACUGUUCGAAAUUACACACAACCCACUGGUGAUCUCACUAAUGAUGACACCACAAAACAGUCAGAGUCGGAGUUGUAUAAUUAUAAAGUUCUAAGGACUAUUGGUUGCGGAAUGUUAGUAUUGCACAUUGGAUCUCAACAAUUAUAUUACGUCAAGGUUAUUCAGAAGACAUCGAAAUUUUCCAAUGACGAGCUUAGGCUACCCGGAAAUGUGCCUUAUAUGGUCAAAUUGUGUAACUAUUAUAAUUGUGAAAAUGCUAUAUUUUUGGUGCUUGAGUUUAUCAGUGGUUGCAAUCUCAAAGAACUCAUGCAAAGGUUAAAUUCAGACGACAUCCUUCAAUGCAGCUUUUCGUCCAAUUUGACCACAUUUAGCGGUAGAGACCUAAAUGGCGUCAAUGACGAAUCCUCCGAUUCUGAACACAGCUACAGUGAUCUAAUUUACGACUACACAUUAAGUAAAAUUAAGUCCAGUGACAUUGCCGAACGAUCCGAAGAUAUUAGUAGUUCAUUAAAAAAAGAUUCCUCUGAGGAACAUUCCAGUGAUAAUUUAAUUAAUUCGUCAAACAGAGAACUGAAGAUAUGCAGAUCCCUAUCUAAGAGUGUGGAAUCGGAGGCGAAUACCAGUUAUUUUUCUAGGCCUACUUUAUGUCGUAAAUCGAGCGAAAGAAGCGAGUGGUCGUGUUUUGAUGAUUGUGAAAUAAAUGAGAACGUACUUUUAUCAAUUAGCGAUAUUACAAAAUGGGCAGCUCAGCUUUUAUUAGCAUUGGAGAGGUUACACUCUUUAGGAAUAGUAUGUGGUGAUCUGCAAAUGAAAAAUUUACUUAUCAAUGAGUCGGGAGACUUAACUUUAACCUAUAUGUACAGUAUGCAAGACAAAAAUUACAUUUUUUUAAACAAUAGGAACGAAGUAGCUUUAGCACCAGAACUCUACGGCUUUCAACCGGUUCAUUUCGCAGUUGAUUGGUGGAGUUAUGGUGCCAUUUUGUAUGAAAUGCUUGUGGGAAUGCCAUUGGAUUUACUCUAUCCUGAAGGUUUUAACGCUUUUUCUACUUUGAAGAUGCCUAAAUAUGUCAGCCUAGAAGGACGCUCACUUUUAAGACAGUUACUGGUCUAUGAUCCGCAUGAGCGUUUAGGAGCAGGUGUCAAUGGAUCUGAAGAUAUAAAAACUCACCCAUUCUUUAGCACAGUUUCGUGGGAUGUCCUAUCUGAAAAGGUCAAGUCUACUUAAGACUUAAGUUAAUUUUUGCACCAAAAGUCUGAUAAAUGAAGUCCAAAGAUGUCUUUUCUACACUGUUCUGAUCUUUAUGCCAUUAAGUAUUUUGUUUAAUUUCAUUAAUCUCUUACCAUAAACCUAACACGUGGACCAGGUCUUAAAAGCUUUAAGAUGCUUGUUAUAUUUUUAUCUAUGUAUGUUAAUGUGGAUAUUAUUAGAGGAGUUUUGUUUAAAUUCUUCUGGCAAAAGUUAUUAGAUGUAAUAGAUGCUUUGUUUGGUACUGUUAUUUUAAUAAACUUUGUGAAUAGGUA